AUGACAGGCAAGACUGGCGGUAAGACCGGUGGCAAAGCUGGCGCCGACACGUCUGGCAAGUCGCAGAAGUCUCACUCGGCCAAGGCUGGUCUCCAGUUCCCCUGCGGUCGCGUCAAGCGUUUCCUCAAGUCCCAGACCCAGAACAAGAUGCGCGUCGGUGCCAAAGCCGCCGUCUACGUCACCGCCGUCCUCGAGUACCUCACUGCCGAAGUCCUCGAACUCGCCGGCAACGCCGCCAAGGAUCUGAAGGUCAAGCGUAUCACGCCCCGUCACUUGCAGCUCGCCAUCCGCGGUGAUGAGGAGCUCGACACGCUCAUCCGCGCCACGAUCGCCUUUGGUGGUGUGCUGCCACACAUCAACCGCGCUCUGUUGUUGAAGGUGGAGCAGAAGAAGGGCAAGAAGGUGGACGCUUAG